UCGACUUCCAAGUUGCAAUCUUUGUCAGGGGCCAGGCUUCACCAAAAAGGCGUCGUUUUGGGAAGAGGAGAUGGAGACGAGCGAGGUGCACCGGCUGGGGAGCAUGCGGCGGAGCAGCUCGGUGUGGCGGAGAACCGAGGAGUCGGUGUUCUCGCGGUCGUCGAGGGAGCGGUCGGCGGAGGACGACGAGGAGGCGCUCCGGUGGGCGGCGCUGGAGAAGCUGCCCACCUUCGACCGCGUGCGCCGCGGCAUCCUCUCGCUUCCUGACGAGGGCGGCGUCGCCGGGCUGCGGGAGGUCGACGUGGGGAAGCUUGGGUUCCAGGAGCGGCGUGCUCUCCUCGAGCGCCUCCUCCACGUGGCCGAGGAGGACAACGAGCUCUUCUUGCUCAAGCUCAAGGACCGCAUCCAACGGGUGGGGCUCGACCUGCCGGACAUCGAAGUGAGGUACGAGAACCUCACCGUCGAAGCGGAGGCCUACGUCGGCGAGGGAGGAUUGCCGACCAUCUUCAAUUCCACCAUCAACCUGCUCGAGGGUUAUGCAAAUCUUUUGCGAAUACUUCCAAGUAGAAAGAGACCUUUGUCGAUCCUUCACAAUGUCAGUGGAAUCAUCAAGCCUCGCAGGAUGACAUUGCUCUUAGGCCCUCCUGGAUCAGGAAAAACCACAUUGUUGUUGGCAUUGGCAGGAAAGCUCGACUCUGAACUCAAGACGACGGGAAAGGUGACCUACAAUGGCCAUGAAAUGCAUGAAUUUGUCCCUGAACGAACUGCUGCCUACAUCAGCCAGUAUGAUCUUCACAUUGGAGAGAUGACAGUUCGUGAGACGUUAGCCUUUUCCGCUAGGUGUCAAGGAGUUGGCACUCGGCAUGACAUGUUAAUUGAGUUGGCUAGGCGAGAGAAAGAAGCAAACAUUAAGCCAGAUCCUGACCUAGAUGUUUUCAUGAAGGCAUCUUCAAUAGAAGGACAAGAAACCAAUGUGAUUACAGAUUAUGUGCUCAAGAUACUAGGUUUGGAGGUUUGUGCUGACACCAUGGUUGGAGACGAAAUGUUGAGAGGCAUUUCUGGCGGGCAAAGGAAGCGUGUUACGACAGGUGAAAUGCUUGUUGGACCUGCAAGAGCUCUAUUCAUGGAUGAGAUAUCAACCGGUUUGGACAGCUCAACAACUUAUCAGAUAGUAAACUCCCUCAGGCAAUCUAUUCACAUUCUUAGUGGAACCGCCGUUAUAUCUCUACUUCAACCGGCACCGGAGACCUAUGACCUCUUCGACGACAUCAUUCUUCUCUCUGACGGGCAAGUUGUGUAUCAUGGCCCGCGGGAGAAUGUACUCGAAUUCUUUGAGUCUAUGGGCUUCAAAUGCCCGGAGAGGAAGGGUGUUGCAGAUUUCCUACAAGAAGUAACAUCGAGGAAGGAUCAACAGCAAUACUGGACACGCCAUGAUGAGCCUUACAGAUAUGUUCCUGUAAGAGUAUUUUCUGAAGCAUUCCAAUCGUUCCAUGUCGGUCGUGCCAUUGCAGAGGAAAUUGCUUCCCCAUAUGAUAAGAGUAAGAGCCAUCCUGCUGCUCUUACAGUCACAAAAUACGGGGUUAGCAACAAGGAAUUGUUAAAAGCCAACAUUGAUAGAGAAUUAUUGCUAAUGAAGAGAAACUCAUUCGUCUAUAUCUUCAAAGCAAUUCAAAUUUCCAUCAUGGCGCUGAUUGCAAUGACAGUCUUCUUCCGUACUAAAAUGCACCGUGAUUCAGUGGACGGCGGUGGAAUAUAUAUGGGAGCACUUUUCUUUGGAGUAGUCAUGGUCAUGUUUAAUGGUUUGUCCGAACUCGCCAUGACCAUUUUAAAGCUUCCUGUUUUCUUCAAGCAAAGGGAUCUCCUAUUUUAUCCGGCAUGGGCAUAUGCAAUACCGACAUGGAUUCUUAAGAUUCCCAUUUCCUUCGUCGAAGUUGCAGUGUGGGUUUUCACAACUUAUUAUGUCACAGGAUUUGAUCCAAAUGUCGGAAGGUUGUUUAAGCAGUAUCUGCUGCUACUGGCAGCAAAUCAGAUGGCAUCUGGUCUCUUCCGUGCCAUUGCUGCAGUAUCUAGGAAUUUGAUUAUCGCAAAUACCUUUGGAUCCUUUGUGUUGCUCAUUCUUCUUGUGCUUGGUGGUUUCAUUCUUUCUCGACAUCAAGUGAAGAAAUGGUGGAUUUGGGGUUAUUGGAUCUCACCGCUAAUGUACUCGCAUAAUGCAAUAUCGACCAAUGAAUUCUUAGGACAUAGUUGGAGUCAUAUACUUCCACAGGCAACAGAGUCACUCGGAGUAAUAGUUUUGAAAUCCCGUGGAGUUUUUACCGAAGCAAAAUGGUAUUGGAUUGGAUUUGCAGCUCUAGUUGGUUAUAUUUUUGUGUUCAAUGCUCUUUUCACUGUGGCACUCGCUUAUCUAAAACCAUAUGGGAAAUCUCAACCAUCUUUGUCUGAAGAAUCAUUAAAUGAAAAAAAUGCCAAUUUGACCGGAGAAGUUGUAGAACGAUCAUCUAGAGAAAGGAAUUCUUCUAGUCGUUCUUUGGAAAACAUCAAUACAGUUGCAUCUCUUAAUCGAAACAAGAAGGGAAUGGUGCUUCCGUUCACUCCGCUCGCUCUCACGUUUGAAAACAUAAGAUAUUCCGUCGACAUGCCACAAGAAAUGAAAGUUCAAGGGGUGGUAGAAGACCGUUUGGAACUUUUGAAGGGUGUAAGUGGUUCUUUUAGGCCCGGAGUCCUGACUGCUCUAAUGGGUGUGAGUGGUGCCGGCAAAACAACACUAAUGGACGUACUAGCCGGUCGCAAAACUGGUGGAUACAUAGAAGGAAACAUUACUAUAUCUGGUUACCCUAAGAAACAAGACACGUUUGCUCGCAUAUCAGGUUACUGUGAGCAAAAUGACAUCCACUCUCCCCAUGUGACGGUUUAUGAGUCUCUUGUUUAUUCAGCAUGGCUUAGGUUAUCUGCUGAUGUCAAUUCUACAACUCGGAAGGUUUGUCCUCGACUAAACAGACAAGCCAAUAUGAGAAGUCUAAUUGAACAUGAACUCUUGCAGAUGUUUGUCGAAGAGGUGAUGGAGCUUGUAGAGUUGACACUGCUUAGAAAUGCACUUGUUGGACUGCCCGGAGUAGAUGGAUUAUCAACCGAACAACGGAAGAGGCUCACUAUUGCAGUGGAGCUUGUUGCCAACCCGUCCAUUAUAUUCAUGGAUGAACCGACCUCAGGGCUCGACGCAAGGGCUGCAGCCAUUGUCAUGAGAACUGUUAGGAACACUGUGGAUACAGGGAGGACUGUCGUGUGUACUAUCCACCAGCCCAGUAUUGACAUAUUCGAAGCUUUUGAUGAGCUCUUCCUAAUGAAGCGAGGCGGAGAAGAAAUAUAUGUUGGUCCACUCGGCCGCCAUUCGUGUGAUCUUAUAAGCUACUUUGAGGGAAUUAAUGGCGUGACGAAGAUAAAAGACGGUUAUAAUCCCGCAACUUGGAUGUUAGAAGUGACUACACAGAUGCAAGAAAAUGUACUAGGUGUUAAUUUCAGUGAAGUAUACAAGGGCUCAGAGUUGUACCAGAGAAACAAGAAUCUGAUAAAGGAGUUGAGUUCGCCUCCCCCGGGUUCAAGUGAUCUCUACUUUCCGACUCAGUACUCUCAGUCUUUUAUUGGGCAAUGCUCGGCGUGCCUUUGGAAGCAACACUUAUCGUAUUGGCGGAAUCCUCCAUACACUGCAAUGCGGUUUUUCUUUACGGCCAUCAUAGCUUUGUUGUUCGGCUCUAUAUUUUGGGACCUUGGCACCAAAAGGUCUAGGCAACAAGAUCUAUUCAAUGCAAUGGGUUCGAUGUAUGCUGCUGUCCUAUUCAUCGGGGUACAAAAUGCUUCGUCAGUUCAACCGGUUGUGGCCGUUGAACGAACAGUGUUUUAUAGGGAAAGAGCCGCAGGAAUGUACUCGGCUUUGCCAUACGCCUUUGGGCAAGUUACAAUUGAAAUUCCAUAUAUUUUGGUACAAGCAUUGAUAUACGGUGUGAUAGUCUACUCGAUGAUUGGAUUCGAGUGGACGGCCGCAAAGUUCUUCUGGUACCUGUUCUUCAUGUACUUCACACUCCUCUACUUCACAUUUUAUGGAAUGAUGGCGGUUGGGUUAACUCCCAACCACCACAUUGCAUCCAUUGUUUCUGCUGCCUUUUACGCGUUAUGGAACCUCUUCUCUGGGUUCCUUAUCCCUCGCCCGCAAAUUCCGAUAUGGUGGAGGUGGUAUUACUGGAUGUGUCCGGUUGCUUGGACCUUGUAUGGAUUGGUCGUGUCGCAGUUUGGAGAUGUGCACGAGAAUCUUGAAGAUGGUCCCUCUGUGUCUGAGUUUGUGAGAAGUUAUUUUGGGUUUAGGCAUAACUUUCUAGGCGUGGUAGCAACAGUCAUCGUCGCAUUUCCUGUGCUUUUCGCGUUCCUCUUUGGCUUUUCGAUCAAGAUGCUCAACUUCCAGAGGAGAUGAAAAGUUAUACAUAUAUCUGAGAACCAACACCUUGGAGAUUAUAAAGAUCAGUCUUUCCUCUAUGCAUGUAUCUAUAGGUAUUUUGCCCUUUUGUAAUAAAUGUUUACUCAGAGAGAUAUGAGAAUUCACCCACAAAAAUUGUUUAUUAGAAACAAAUGAAUCCUAAAUAAACAAGUAUCUCCUUGAACUUUCAUGAA